UCAUAAGAGAUAGAGCACUAUUAUUGUUUUCAGUUGAUAAUUCUUAUUUUCUAUCAUUUAGCUGUAAUCAUAUUAAUAAAAAAAAUAUUAACGAUACAGUAACAAUUAAAAUGGACUUACCGAAAGUAUUAAUUGUUAGUACUGAAAUUGGAAAAGCAAGUUCACUUGUUCAAGAAAUGGAUGGAAAACUUUUCAUGGAUAACAAUGACGUAAAAUAUUUUUCAUGGGACAUUAACAACAAAUAUUAUUCAGCACAAAUAUUAUUGUGUGUAACAGAAAGGAUACCUCCAGAAAUUCCUGCUGACAGUAUUGAAGCAGUAAUACUUCAUUAUGAAUCAAAGGGGGAGGAGCCACUCAUAUUGGAUAAAUAUGUACCAUUUAUCCAGACACUCAAUGAAGCUGAGAUAUUUUUAUUGGCUUGUGAACCAAUUGAUGAUUCACAAAAAAAAGAAGAAGUAACCGAAUGGUGUUAUACUCAUAAAUUUGAACUAGUAGAUAUGAAAGUACCAGAAGCAACUAGUGAAAUGGAUGAUGAUGGAGCUCAUGAAAAAUAUGGAUUAGAAAGGCUAAUAGAAGCUUUACAUACUCAUACUUGGCCUAAUAGAAUAUUAAAAGGCAUUCCUAAUGGACGAAUUUCAACUUCAAAUGAACCCGAUGUAAAUGAAAUUAAAGAACAAUUAGACAAUAUUCAAUUGAACUCCGCUCGAGAUGGAACAGAUUUUUCGUUAGUAGAUCGAGCAUUACUAGAUGGUAUUCUUGGAGAUACGAAUGCUGAUUUUGGUGAAUUAUUGAGUCAAUUAAUGGCAAUGAAAGAACAUGUAGCAACCUUGGAACCCAGCAAUCGGCGAGUUGCAGCCGAACAACUUGUUACAGCUUUUUGGAAAGCAAUGGGAGGUGAUUCGUCAGAAAUUGAAGAUCCUAACGAAUGAACUUUCAAAACUUUAAUUGUUCAAUAUAAAUAUUAACUGUAUAUCUCAAUAUUAUAUAAAUAAAAAGGUAAAUUUAUAGAAGCAA